ACAAAAAGUUGAACCAUCCUUAAAAUUAUAUAAUAACAUGAAAUAGUGUACAUAUAUAUAUUCAUUUUUCCUAUUUAAUUAUAUACUGGAAAUCUGCUCCAUCUAUACCAAGGAUUGUAUUUUGGUCUGGUCCCGUGGUACAAACUUAUAUGUUUUCCGUACUUUUACUAGGGUCCUUAUUGUGAAACUAAAACGAUAUGGCCGCACUGCUGAUGAUACAUUUAGAAUUGGAAAACUGAAGGACAAAAUAGGGGUCACUCUGUCUCUUGCUGUGGCAUCUCACUGUACAGCAAGGACAACGCUUCCACCGACAUCACCAGAAAUGGAUGGUAAUGUCGAAGAGAAAGAGACAAAGAAAUCAGAGAAAAAGAAGCCUAGUAAAAAGAACAAGUUCCAGCCCUACGAGCUUAAAAGCAUAGUUAAUCACUCUGGUGAAAGUGCAGAAUAUGGUCAUUAUUUCUCUGAUGUGUAUGAUAGAAGAACAAAAACGUGGCUGGCAUAUGAUGAUGCGGAUAUAAAUGAAAUAGACGAGGACGUUUUGCUGCCUUCAAGAGCCUAUACUGGCUACCUUUUCUUUUACAUCCACAAAUCAUUUCUUGAGUAAAAGGUCUGAAAUGAAGUGUCUGCUGCUUGGAACUCAAGAUCACCUUAAUCAUGUUACAGUCUUCUGUUGAAGAAACGACUAUAAAUGGCAGGCACCAUAGCAUAUAAGAAGUUUGAUGACAUCAUGAUAAAUAAAGGCUUGUUAGAAAAUAA